UGCGGUGACAAUGUGUACACCGAAGGUCAAGAUCUAAGGUCAAUCAGAUUUCCAACUCGUCGCUGAGUAAGCGAACCGACCGCCGUCACCAAUGGUCGCCGUUGCUGUUGGCUAAGAUACAAGGAUGACGAACAGCGACGAUGCCGAGCGAGCCCGACCACCACCCGAGAGAAAACAGCAAAAACAGCAAAAACACCACCACGACGCCAAUGAAAAUGACGGCGGCCAUCAGCGCAACAUCACCCAUUCUCCAAGGUUACCCUGUCUCCCCCCCGAAAUCUGGUGCCAGAUCAUAGCCUCCAUCACCGACAGCCGCUACAUCCCCCGCGCCUGGCUCAACCUCCGCCUCACAUCCCGCUUCCUGAAAUCCGUCACCGAGCGCGUCUUCGUCGACCUCCACCUCCGCCGCAGCCGCCUCGAGUUCCUCGCCUUCGACCCCGUCACCGACAUCCAUGGCGACCCGCGCCCGCUCGACUUCAUCCUCGAGUUCGACCGCCUGUCCGACGACGGCUCCCGCGCCAUCUACACCGACAAGGAGCUGCACGCCCACCACGGGCCCGAGCGCCUCUGCGCCGCCGACGCCCUCGCCUACCCGGACGGCGUCACCACCGUCCACCAGGCCCUCGUGUGCCAGUGGCGCCGUCGAGUCGAGGCCUACACCGCCCCGCAGCCGCCGGAGAACAGGCACGAGGUGCCCCCGCACGUGCUCGUCGUGCGCCGCAUCGCCAACGACACCGAGCUGCCCGGUCUCCGCGUCGACUACGACGCCUUUGAGGUCUCGUUCCUCUGGCGUCCGGCCCUGACGGCCCUCUUCGCCGAGGAGGAGUAUAACAAGUGGGCGGCGGCUGCUUCGGCGGCUGCUUCGGCGGCUGCUUCCGCUUCGGUUUCGGCUUCGGCUUCUGCUUCUUCGUCGUCUCCGGCGUGGUCGGUCGUGCCCUCGGCCGCGUGGCGGGAACUUCGCCGCUCUCUCGAGGAUGGCCGCAUCAACCGGCGGACCCUUUCCCAUGUUGUGAAAAGCCGGCUCGGCGACCGGCGCAGGGUGGACGCCAAGGUCCGACAGCUCCGCAUCCGGAGGUAUUACUGCCGACAUGGCCAGCAGUUGUCCUCCGGGGUGUUCCUGACACCCGAGUACCUGCGCAAGACGCGGGAGGUGCGCAGUCUCCGGCGCGACUUGCGGCGUGACGUUAUCCCCGACGAAUGGCUCAUGGGCGACGACGAGGAGGAGGGCCGCGGCACGUUUUACGACGGUAUGGGCAUCUCGUACCCUGCCAGCGAUCCCGAGUCCGAGCCUGAUGACGAGGAUCCUCGUUCCGGGGAACCCAAGUUCGGUGUCUCGGCGUCCUGGAUUGAUGUCAGAUGGGAGCUGCAGAUGGCAAGGGCACUCUACAGGGGCGCGGUUGGCUCUGCUUCCGCAUGAUCUGAUCCCUUCCAAGUCGGCCACCACCGGUCUUGUUACACGCUGUCCUUCCUCGCAGGCGUUUCCAUGGGUUACGCAGUGUUGCGCAUUUAUUUACACAAUUCAUCAAGAACGUAUCGCAAACUCGGCCAGUGAACACCCACACUCUGGUCGUUGGAGCCUUCUUGUUUCCUGUAGCGGCUGGAAUCCUCUGUACCCUU